GAAACGAUGCCUCCUAUAUAAACCCUUUUCGUCUCUGUUCAUAUUUCAUUCAUAUUUUUAAACAUUAAUUCUUUGUUAUUUCAAUCUCUCUCUCUUGAAGGGGAGAAAAAAAAAUUGUUCAUCAAUGGCGAUGAGAAAACUUUUGUCGAAGCGUCUCUUCAACAUCUCAAAUGUGGCGUCUCAGAGUCUCAUGAAUUGUCGUAUUUCGUCGUCCUCGUUGGCCGUACGAACCAGAGUUCCGAAAGAAUCGGGAGAGGCGAAGAUUGCUACGGAGCCUGGGGAUUCCGGGAUGUCGCGGAGGUUUCUGCAUAAUAGCGCUAUGAUUAGGCCGGAGAUUAUGCAGAUGCCGGUGGGAGAGAGCCUAAUGGAGAAGCUCCGGGAAAUCGACGGCAGCAAGGACCGGAUUCGAUUAGACGGCCUUGCUCCGCCGAUUGCGAUUCCCGAGGCGGAGAAGGAGACGCCGAGUCUUACGGUGGCGGAUACGAAGAAGCUGCUUAGGGCGGCGCAGAUCGAAAUCGUGAAAACGAAGCUUAGGGAGACCGGGAGAAGCUGGAUGCCGUACGCGGAGUUCGUCGGCGUUUGCGGUGAAGCUUCUUCAGAUCCAGAUCACGGAUCUCGAAUCGCGAAGAUGCUUGACGAUUCAGCAAACGUCAUCGUUUUGGGAGAUUCCGUUUGUCUCAGACCAGAUCAGGUUACCAAAUCCAUUGAAGGCUUGCUUCCUUUACCAAAGAUCCGUAACCCAAACGACCCACGAAGGAUCGAGUUGAAAGAGCUCGAGGCAGUUAAGGCAGUGAUCGACGUGAAAGCGCACUCUUUGGUGCGUAAGGAGCUCUGGGCUGGUCUCGGUUACUUGAUCCUACAGACCGCUGGAUUCAUGAGGCUUACGUUUUGGGAACUCUCUUGGGACGUGAUGGAGCCGAUCUGUUUCUACGUCACGUCCAUUUACUUUAUGGCUGGGUACACUUUCUUCCUCAGGACAUCGAAAGAGCCUUCCUUUGAAGGGUUUUACCAGAGUAGGUUCGAGGCGAAACAGAGAAAACUUAUGAAUGUUAAUGGUUUUGAUGUCGAGAGGUACGAUGAACUGAAGAAGCUGUUUUGCCCUAAGGCUUCAGAUCGUGUUUCCAAGAUUCUUGGAGCUAUGGAGAGUUAGUUUUUAGUUCCAAUGUGUUGUUGUCUCAAAUGGCGUCUGAUUUUUCCUAACCUGAGAUUCUAUACCUCCACACACAAAAAAAAAGAAUAGGUGGAUGAAUUUCUGAAGUUUUCAGUUUUCCAUUAAAAAAAAAACAUAAAAUUUGUGUUGCGGCUUUUGUAAUAUCAGAGAAGAGUUAUGUUCUUGUCUUCAAGGUUUUUUCUUUCUUUUAUGAUCAUCAUUAUAAAGUGUAACAUCAUGUAAAUAAUUGUUUGAAAUUUAAUAAAAAAAAUUCUUAUAUCUUAAAAAAAAAAACAUUUUGAACCAAAAUAAUCCUUUUCUGGUUGACUGUAAAUCUGUAAAUGAAAAUCUGUAGCCAGGUUAAGAGUAAUUAAGACUACC